AUGGCUUCCAGAGCCGCAGCAGGCGCCCGUCCAGGUGCUAGAUUCGCUCAGUUCAAGCUUGUUCUGCUCGGAGAAUCCGCCGUCGGAAAGAGCUCGCUAGUUCUAAGAUUUGUCAAGGACCAAUUCGACGACUAUCGAGAAUCGACGAUCGGCGCUGCCUUCCUCACACAGACUAUCUCGCUGGACGAAAGCACAACGGUGAAGUUUGAGAUUUGGGAUACCGCUGGCCAGGAGCGCUACAAGUCCCUGGCUCCCAUGUAUUAUCGGAAUGCGAACUGUGCCGUCGUUGUUUAUGAUAUCACCCAAGCUUCAUCGCUAGACAAAGCCAAAUCAUGGGUUAAGGAAUUACAACGCCAGGCCAACGAAAACAUUGUCAUCGCCCUCGCAGGCAACAAGCUUGAUCUCGUCACCGAGAAUCCCGACAAGAGGGCAAUCCCCACAGCUGAUGCCGAAGCAUAUGCGCGUGAAGCUGGCUUACUUUUCUUUGAGACAUCCGCUAAGACGUCUUCGAAUGUGCGCGAGCUCUUCACAGCCAUUGCGAAGAAGCUCCCACUUGAUCAAGCCGGUCCCCGAAACAUGCGCACAGCACCCCGCCCUGGCGUAGACCUCCGACCGGAAGCGCCGGGAACCCAAACUGGUGGCGCCUGCAACUGUUAG